AUGACUGCUUCUGAAAUUUUGUCACAUGUGCGGGAGGAUUUAACUUAUAAAGUCAGACAGAUCCAGGCGCAAGUAAAAACAACUUUCAAUGUCGAUGUGAGCUACGCCAAGGCGUGGAAUGCAAGAAGAAUAGCAAUUGAAAGGUUGUAUGGAACUUGGCCGAGUAACUUUGAUGCAUUGCCCAAGUAUGUUACUGAAUUACAACGUACUAACCCAGACACUGGUGUGGAAUGGCUCCAUUCUCCAACCAGUUCAAGCUAUAUACAUACAUUCAAGUUUGUAUUUUGGGCAUUUGGACCGACAAUUAGGGCAUUCCAACAUUGUAUUCCAGUGAUCUUUGUCGUUGGCACUCAUUUAAAAGGCAGCUACAAGGGUAAGUUGCUAACUGUAGUGACGAAGAACACCAAUGGACAACUAUUGCCGGUCAUUUUUGCCUUGGUUGAUGAAGAGUCUAAUGAAAGUUGGGGAUGGUUUCUAAAUCUCUUUCAAAAGCAUGUCGAAUCACAGUGGCAGGGUGAUUUGUGUAUCAUUUCAGACCGUCACCAAGGCAUACUUAAUGCAGUAAACCAAAUUGAGGGGUGGCAUCAUCGGUAUUAUUUGAGGCAUGUUUGUAGCAAUGUGAACUCGCACUUCAAGAACAGGAGAAUCAAAAAUCUGGCUUGGGUUAUCGGUUCCACAUCCCAAUCAUCUAAGUAUACUUGGGCGGUGAAUCAAGUCAAAGGUGAAGAUGAUGCUGUUUGGCCGUAUUUGAGAAACAUUGGUUUAGAUUAG